AUGGUUGCAGGUAUAAAGAUACAGAUGCUGGGAAAGAGGCAAUUCACAGUGAAAGUGGGGAGCCAGGCAGUAUUACCCUUCCCUGAUCCAGGUAGCACCAUCAUUGACAAAAGGGUGAAGGAGUUCUAUCACAACAAACUCCAGAGAAAUCCCAAGAAGUGGCAUGUGGAUAAAAUGAGUCUUAUUGAUGGUGUGGAUCUUGAUUCCCUUAGUGAGCUUUCUGGCAGCGUGGAAACUUCUGCCGAAUGUGUCUCAUUGGGUCCUGCGUACUGUAGAAAGAGGCUACCGAAUUCAGUUCGGCUCGCCUCCACCUCGUUUUUCUGGGGUUCUUCCCACUGUGGUGGGUCCCGAGCAGGCUCUGGUAUUGGAGCAGGAAGUACGUACUCUCCUGAGGUGGUCCCUCCUCACGACAGGGAGUCAGGGUUCUACAGCCGGUACUUCAUUGUUCCCAAGAAGGGGGGAGGGCUGCGUCCCAUUUUGGACUUGCGGCAGUUGAACCUCUCAGUCGCUCGACUGAAGUUCAGGAUGCUUACGGUCACUCAGGUCGUGUCUCAGAUCAGGUCCGAGGACUGGUUCGUCACGAUCGACCUAAAAGAUGCGUAUUUCCACAUCUCCAUCCUUCCCCCGCACAGGAAGUUCCUGAGGUUCGCUUUCGGGGGCGAAGCUUACCAGUAUCGGGUUCUUCCCUUCGGCCUAGCACUCUCACCCCGCACCUUCACGAAGUGCGUGGAUGCUGCCCUGGCUCCUAUGCGACUACAGGGCAUCCGCAUACUGAACUAUAUCGACGACUGGUUGAUUUUAGCUCAUUCAGAGCAGAUGGCGGCUCGGCAUCAAGAUGCCGUUCUCGCCCAUAUGAAGGAACUGGGGUUAAGACUAAACGCCGAGAAAAGCGUGCUUUCUCCAGCUCAGAGAACCGCUUAUCUAGGCGUCGUGUGGGAUUCGACCACGAUGCAGGCACGUUUGUCUCCUGCUCGGAUCGAGUCGGUCCUCACAGCGGUCGCGAGAGUGAGAGAGGGCCAGUCACUCACUGUAAAGCAGUUUCAGAGACUGCUGGGCCUAUUGGCAGCUGCGUCCAACGUGAUACCGUUUGGCCUGCUGCACAUGAGACCCCUACAGUGGUGGCUGAAGACCAGGGGGUUUUUCCGAAACAGAGGAAACCCGCUCCGCAUGAUCAAGGUCACGCGACGAUGCCGCCGUGCCUUAGCUUUGUGGAGAGAACCUGGGUUCUUGUCUCAGGGCCCGGUCCUGGGAGCUGCUGGUCGCCGCGUAGUGCUAGCGACGGAUGCGUCCCUCACCGGAUGGGGAGCGGUCAUGAGUGGCCGUCCUGCCCGUGGUCUGUGGAGCGGCCGCCAUCUCACUUGGCACAUCAACCGCCUGGAGAUGCUGGCCGUGUUUCUAGCUCUGAAACACUUUCUCCCAGACCUAAGAGGCUGCCACGUGUUGGUGCGCACCGACAACACGACGGUGGUCUCUUACAUCAACCGCCAGGGAGGUCUGCGUUCGCGCCCCCUUUACAGGCUGGCGCUCCAGAUCCUUGUGUGGUCCCAAGGGAACCUCCUCUCAUUGAGAGCGGCCUACAUCCCUGGUCUUCUCAACGUGGGAGCGGACGCCCUGUCGAGGCAGGGGCCGGUGCCCGGGGAAUGGAGACUCCACCCCGAGGUGGUGGAGCUCAUAUGGCAUGUCGGCAGAGCCCAGGUGGAUCUGUUUGCGACGCAGGAGACGUCGCACUGUCCCCUUUGGUUCUCUCUGAUUCAUCAAGCUCCUCUUGGACUGGAUGCCAUGGUACAGCCGUGGCCGAGGCUGCGUCUGUACGCCUUUCCUCCGGUCGCUCUGCUCCCGGGAGUUCUGGAGAGAGUGCGCCGGGACAGAAUUCGUCUACUGUUAGUAGCCCCGUUCUGGCCGGGCCGAGUAUGGUUCUCGGACCUGAUUUCCCUCCUAGACGGCUCCCCAUGGGAGAUUCCGAUCAGGAGGGAUCUUCUCUCACAGGCGGGGGGCCAUCUUCACCUCCGCCCGGAGCUGUGGAAGCUGUGGGUGUGGCCUCUGAGGGGGCACAACUCCGCGCUUCCGGUCUCUCAACCGAGGUUGUGGAGACCAUCCUCCAGUCCAGAGCUCCCUCUACGAGGAAACUGUACGCCCUGAAGUGGAAACUUUUCACUUCCUGGUGCGGAGACCGCCGGCUUGACCCUGUUCACUGCCCAGUUGGUACAGUGCUGGAGUUCUUGCAGGCCCGCCUCUCCGCGGGACUGACCCACUCCACCCUGAAGGUGUACGUGGCGGUUAUUGCGGCCUGCCAUGCCCCUCUCGAUGGCCAGUCAGUGGGCAGGCACCCCUGGGUGACACGUUUCCUCCACGGUGCGCUGAGGAUCAGACCUCCAGCUCGAUCUCGGGUCCCCUCGUGGGACCUGGCUGUGGUUUUAGAGGCUCUCUGCAAACCCCCCUUCGAGCCCAUAGAGGAGAUUUCGGACCGUCUUCUGACGUUGAAAACUGCCUUUCUCUUGGCAAUUUCCUCUCUUAGGAGAGUGGGGGAU